AUGUUUCAAUCACCUGACAGCAGGAAACAUAUAUCACUGAUGUUAUCAGAGGUUUUAGAUGAUAUUGGCGUGAAUGAAAGAAUGGUAAUGAAAGCAAGAAGACAUUUCAAGUUGAUGGAAACUAUGACUAAUAUCACAUGGAAGUCAGUUGGACACAAUAUAAUUUCAUAUUGUCUAGGGAGUAGGAUUGAGGGAACAACUACUUUAGGACUCAUCUCAGACACUGACGAGCUACUUUUUAAUAAUGAUAACAAUGUAAUACAGGACUGGUCAGAGUGGGAACAUGGCAAAACAAACUUCAUCAUAAUACAAGAUGAGAACACUACCCCAGGGUACUGUUUCUUACAGCUUCUCCAACAUGAUAUACCUCUUUCUGCCACUGUUGUUCCUAAUAAAUACUAUAUAAUUGACAAGGAAGGAAGAAUAUUGCAUAAGAACCAAGUAUAUGAAACUGAUAAUAUGAAAUAUGUUACACGACAUGGACCAUCAUUUGCUACACAGGGACAACAAGGAGACUAUGAUGCAGACAAAGUGGUUGCGUAUCCCUUUAAAUCAUGGCCAAAGUCAACAGCAUCAGGAUGGUUAGAGAGACAAGGUAUUGGCAAAUGGCCAACACAAGAGAUGAGAAGAUAUGCAGCAAGUACCUGGUGUUUUGUUGUUCCAACUGGAAGUAAGAUCAGUAAAUAUCCUGAACUGGAAUGGAGAAUAUCUACAUCCCUGGCAGAAAGAUGUCUAAUGUUUGAUUUAGAUAUAACACACAUAAAGUGCUAUGUUUUAAUGAAGAUUAUUCUUAAAUCUCUUUUAAAUCCUCAUGGGGAAAUAAACAUCUCAAGUUUCAUGUGCAAAACAAUUCUAUUUCACUGUAUAGAACAAAAAGAGCCAAGGAUUUGGAAAGAGAACAAUUUAUUAGAAUGUUUAAAAUACUGCUUGAUGAAACUAAGCAGUUGUGUACAGAAUGACAAUCUGCCACAUUUCAUUAUACCAGAAAACAAUUUGAUGGCAGGGCAAUUUACAGAUGAGACAAAACAUCAACUUUUAAAAAAUAUAAGUGACUUUAUACAGGAUGAUGUACAAAGUUUACUUACAAACAAUAUUGAUGAUCUUGGAGAGAGACUUCAAGUUAAACUGAAAUUUCUACCAGAAGGACAUAACAAUUUAGACACUUCACUGGAUAUUUGUAAAACUGUUUCUACUACCCAUUACUUAUCAUUGUCAAUGUAUUGUAGUAUUACCCAUCGUUUUUAUUUGAAUGGAUUAAGCAAUAAAGAUAUUGGAAUAAUGAAGCAAACUGUAGAAAGAUUAAUGACCUUGAACGACAAUGAUAAUAAUUUAGAACAUGCUGCAUUCACGUUCCAAGCACCUUUUCUCUGUUCCACAUAUGGAUCUGCCCUGGCUUCAGAAAGUAUAGGUUUAAAACAUCAAGUGUCACCUCAAGCCUUGGUUUGGCUUUUAAAUGGUUUGGAAUCAGAUGUCUCAUCUGGCAGACUGAAAUUGGCUUCAGUAUUCUACAGUACAGGGGAUAUAGAGAAAACUGAACUUAUUCUGAGACACACUGAGUGCCAGUUUUACUCUUAUCCUGUUUUUCCUAUGUGUAACUGCUGGGAUAUGAUGCCUCCACCAGAAAUUAAAACGUUGAGCUCGUCUUACUGA